UUUAGUAAAGUUGUGAUAUAUUUUAUUGUCAUAAUAGGUUAGUCAAUGGUAUGAUUUAGUUGUAUUUACAGCAAGCAUGGAAAUUUAUGGUUCAGCUGUAGCAGACAAAUUGGACAAAGGCAGGGGUGUAUUCAAGAGAAGGUACUACCGCCAGCAUUGCACGUUAGAUUGUGGAAGUUAUACUAAAGACUUGUCUGCAGUCAGCGAUGACCUUUCAAAGGUAUUUAUAGUAGACAAUUCACCAGGAGCUUACAAAUUAUUUCCAGAAAAUGCAAUACCAGUUUUGUCAUGGUUUUCAGAUCCAAGCGAUGUAGGCCUGUUAAAUCUGCUCCCAAUGCUUGAUGCACUGAGGUUUGCAAGUGAUGUCCGAUCUGUACUUAGACGAAAUAUUCAUGUCAAUAGAGUAUAACCAUGAAUAUUGUAUUAACCAGACUGAAUUAUUAUUUUGCAUGAAACAGUCUAAUUAUUUUUUAUAUCAAUUUUAUCAUUAAAACCCAUUAAAAUCAUGAUAUUAUUACACCUUA